CUAUAAUUAAAAUAAAAACAAAAGAUAAAUGAUAAGGAACACUAACCCACACCCAUGGUAACCACCUCCACUUCCUCCUUUCCCUCCCGGCCAACUGUUCCCGACCACCAUCCUCUCUCUCUCUCUCUCUCUCUCUCUCUCUCUCUCUCUCUCUCUCUCUCUCUCUCUCUCUCGUAUGGGGAGCAGCUGUCGUGGGUUUGGGUGUUGGGGUGGGUCAUAUUGUUUUGUUUACUAUAGGGAUAAAAUUAGAAUAAUUAUGACAUGAAAUGGGUGUGUAAACAAAUUUUAGGGUGUUGGAAUUUUUGAAGGGAAGAAUAGAUGGAAGUUAAGGGAGGUGAUGCAUUAACACCAAAUGCAAAGUCUGUGUGGUAAAUUGUCAACAAAAAAACAAAACAAAAAAAAAAACAAAAAAGUAGAAACAACCAACAUCUCUAGGAUAUUGAAGCAUAAUAAUAAAGGACAAAAUAUCAAAAAGUUCAAUAAUAUUGAAAAUCAAAGUGUAGACAAAAUGACAAACAUAUAGGGCCAUACUUUUAUGCUAAUUAAACAGCAUUGCGCCAACUUGGUGCACAUUAAGGAACACAAUUAAAGAUGUUGCUCGAUAUCAUCAUGCCACUCCAAAAUGUCAUAAUUCAUUGUCACACUCUUCUGAAAAACAACAGCCCUCCCUCUCUUUCUCUCCCUCUAUAUAUACUCCCCAUUUACCAACUCUCCCCUUCACCCCCACCAUUGCAUCAAUCUUAUUACAAAUAUUUCUUUUUAAUCGAUCAUGUUCAUGGCUCCCAAGGGGGACAAUGUUUUAGUUUCAAGUAUAAAGCUCGAGAAGAUAUUUAGCAUGAAAGGAGGCAAAGGAGAGUCCAGCUAUGCUAACAAUUCCAAAGCCCAAGCCAUACAUGCAAGAUCCAUGCUUCACCUGCUUAAAGAAACCCUAGACAGAGUGCAACUGAGCUCUCCAGAAGUGCCCUUUGUGGUUGCGGACCUUGGUUGCUCAAGUGGAAGCAACACCAUCAACACCGUAGAUGUGAUCAUCAAGCACAUUGCCAAGCGCUAUGAGGCCUUGGGAUAUAACCCACCUGAGUUCUCAGCCUUUUUCUCUGAUCUCCCUAGCAAUGACUUCAACACCCUCUUCCAACUCUUCCCUCCAUUGGCUAACCACGGCAGUAGCAUGGAGGAGACCCUCGCUGCCGACAGCCACCGCUCCUACUUCGCUGCGGGAGUCCCGGGCUCCUUCUACCGGCGGCUUUUCCCGUCGAUGUCCAUUGACCUUUUCCACUCUGCGUUUUCCUUGCACUGGCUCUCACAAGUGCCAGAGAGUGUGGUAGACAAGAGAUCAGCGGCCUACAACAAAGGAAGGGUGUUCAUUCAUGGAGCGAAGGAGAGCACAGUCAAUGCAUACAAGAAGCAGUUCCAGGCAGACUUGGCAAGCUUUCUCAGGUUAAGAGCCAAGGAGCUCAAGAAAGGUGGCUCCAUGUUUCUUGUCUGUUUGGGUAGAACAUCAGUGGACCCCACUGACCAAAGUGGCCCAGGCCUUCUCUUUGGGACCCACUUUCAGGAUGCUUGGAAUGAUCUUGUCCAAGAGGGUCUUAUCACUAGUGAGAAACGUGACAACUUCAACAUUCCUGUGUAUGCUUCAAGCUUACAAGACUUCAAGGAAGUAGUGGAAGUUGAUGGCUCAUUCACUAUAAACAAGCUUGAGAUUUUCAAAGGAGGAAGCCCCUUUGUAGUAAACCAACCUGAUGAUGCAGCUGAAGUUGGUCGAGCCCUUGCAAACAGUUGUAGGAGUGUCUCCGGAGUGCUUGUCGAUGCACACAUCGGUGACCACCUUGGCAAUGAGUUGUUUUCAAGAGUGGAAAAAAGGGGAACAAGCCAAGCCAAAGAGCUACUAGAGCAGAUACAAUUCUUUCAUGUAGUGGCAUCACUUUCUCUUGCUUAAUUAGCGAGUUUGAGGGAUCUCUCAGCUGAAGUUCUUUAUGUUUGUAUAUAUAAUAUAUAUAUAUAGUAUAUGUAUUAUAUAUAUUAUAUAUAUAACACUGUUUGGAUUGAAGAGGCUAAAACCUAGUAAAUGUUUUCAUGAAUAUCUGUACCACUUUAUCUUUGUCCAACCCCAUGUUUGAUUUUGCCUCAUAAAUUUGGUACCAAACAAUGACUGUGUUGG